CCUUCCUGCGCUCUGUCACAGCAGCACAAAACCAGCAACAACAGCUCCCACCAUGAACGUUUCUCAAGCAUCUCAAACGCUGAUGCGCGCCUUUGGCUCUGCGACGCGCGCCUCGUUCCCCGUGUCGCGAGCGCAGCACGUCAUCCAAAGCGCCGCAACGAUUGGCCAGAACGCUCCCAAGGCCGCCGUCAACGCGCGCUUUGACAUGCAGGCCCAGCGCCAGGCACAGCAGUACUGGGUCGACAUGGCCAAGAACCAGAAGCUGACUUCGAAUGCGCGGGUCUACGCAGACGUUCCUGCAAAGCCCUAAAAAACACUGACCGAAAGAGGGGCAGCAGGCUUUUCCCGGCUUUUCCCGGUUUUCGUCUUUCCUCUCUGUUCUCCUCCAUCUCUGUCUCCAUAACUCUGUCUCCAUAACUGUCUCUGUCUUUCUCUCUCUCUCUCUCUCUCUCUCUCUGUCUCUGUCUCUGUCUCAUUUGUUCGCUGUCCGAGCACGCUUUCUUCUCUCUAUUCUUCCUAUUUUUCCUCUUUUGUUUUCCCGCCAUCUCUCUCGCUCUUCUUUUUCACUUCUUCACUUCUCUUCGUUUUUCUCCCCCUCCUCUGUGUCGCUUAUUCCGCUCUCCCUCUUUCUUUGUGUUUGUGCUCAACGUCAAAGCAAAGCAAAACCCAC